AUGUCAAGUGUUGGGGGCUUUAAGCGGCGCACGGCCAAGAACGCCACGACCCGCCGCGCCGUGAAGCGGUACGAGCCCAAAGUGGUAGAGAACCCGAAGCGCGUGCUCUUCUUGAAGGGUGCAUCGUCCAACGAUGUAGUGAGGGAUGCGAUGGUGGAUCUCAUGGCCAUCGCGAAGCCGUACUGCAAAAAGCUUGCCAAAAAGAACGCCUUCUUUCCGUUUGACGGGCGCCAGCACCUGGAGUUUCUCGGCUUCAAGAAUGACUGCUCGCUCUUCUGCUUUGGCUCGAGCAACAAAAAGCGACCAAACAACCUUACGAUUGGGCGUCAGUUCGACUUCCACGUACUGGACAUGGUAGAGCUGGGGAUUGUAGCGGCAGACCGCCUCGACAUGUCGCAGACGGUCGGCGUAGACGCUGGCUCCAUGGGUGGAAAGCCAUUCUUUGUCUUUGACGGCAGCGAGUUCGCAUCGGACCCGACGUUCAUGCGACUCAAGAAUCUCCUGGUGGACUACUUCCGCGGCGGCAACGAUGUCGAGAUUAAUCUCGACGGUUGCGAUCGUGUCCUGUUUUUCUCGUUGCGUUCAACGAACGGCGAGGACGCGUGUGUGGCGCCGUCCGCGGACUGCUACACCAACAAGCCACCUAGUGAAAAGGGCAAUGCGGUCCUCUGCAUGCGACAGUACGCCGUCAAGAAGCCGUCGGCCGCCACGGGCGUUCCAAGGACCAUCAAGAACAUUCAGCUCUACGAUGUCGGACCCAACUUUGACUUCGAAAUCCGCCGCAUCUCCUUUGCGACGCCGCAGGAGUUCAAGUUGGCCUGCCGCAUACCGCGCCAGACGCUCGCCACGCUGCGGUCGACCGUCGACAAUGUGCAGUCGGACAGCCUCAACAACCUCCGCGGUCAGCUGCACGUGGGCAAACAAGACGUCCAGGAGCUUAACCUGCGCCGCUUCAAGGCACACCGCCGCGGCAUAUCGAGCGGUGGCGCCGACGGUGAAGAGGCGUCCGAGGAAGCGAGCAAGCCGCGCCGUCGCAGGGCUCGUGUGGAGACAGAUGCAGGGGACUCUCGCCCCGAGACGGACAUUUGA